GCUCCUGCUCUUUUAGAGGUUAAGGUUAUCAGAGAAAUUAAAUUUGUGACAACUAACUGAACUAGUUUAUUUAUAGCCUUAUAAUUUGUGUGCUCCGUUAGUGGGUGAUUUGAAGAUUAUGGGCGGAGGUCAAAGCACAAGAAAAAUUCAAAUCGAUAAUGACGAGCCUGUUGGGAUAAUAAAAGCCUCCGAAAAUGUUGUUCAACGACUCAAGAGUACUAAUGGUGGAGGAAGCAACAUAGGUGCUAGUUCUAACUAUACUCAGCCUAGUAGUCCGGAUAAAAUGUCUAACAACAGUCAAAACCAGAGUCACCAGGUCCCUGCUUAUAUUCCUCAGCCGUAUGUUACCUCCUCAAUGGUUAGAGAACAGGUCGAAAAAGAACUGGAGAAAAAUGAUCGUUAUUGGGAAUCAAGGAUCAGAGGUUUACAAGAAAACCAAAACAAGCUAAGUUAUAUAAUGGAAUCAGAGUUCAACAAAGCCUACAAAGAGGUGGGGAAAAACUUCCCUGUAAUUGCACCCAAGAGUGUUGUAAUGCCAUGUCAAGAUAUCAAGACAAAAUUAGUAGAUUGUUUCAAGAACAACGCCAAUCAAACUUUGAAUUGCAGUAAGAUCGUAAAUGAAUUUACAUCUUGUGUUAGUAACUCAAGACCCAAAAAUCACAGUGAAGUUCGAAGUCCAUAACAUCUUUUACUGCAUUAGACACUUAAAGAAAGAGAGGGUUUAGCACCAGUUGAGGACUUCAAACUCGUAAAAGUCAAUAUGAAGAAGUGCUGACAUGCAGUAAGCAUUAGAUAGUUGAUUAAAUGUAGCCUACUAGUUUUACUUUGUCAUGUUAGCAUUUCAGAAUUGUUACAGGUUAAUUUGUUCCAUCUACCAUUAUUAUUUGACUGAAAUUAAUGAAAAUAUACUGUAAAUACAUAUUGUUUUGUUGUUUAAAUAAAGUAGAAUGAUAUUAUC